AAACAUCUCUCCCGGGCCUUCUACAGUCUCUUCUCAUCUUACCAGACCAAACAAUCCCAACAGGAGCUAUAAUCAACUGUCGAAUUCGAAUUAUGGACUGCUGACAUCCACGGACCGAAAAGAAAGAGAACAAUAUUGACCAAUAUUCGAUUCCUAUCUGUCCUGUAACUCCUGCCCUUGGCCGCUAAUUACGUAUUCACCCGCCCAGAACCAAGGUUGCUGUCAUUCCCUUUACCCUGCAUAUUUUACUUUUUUUUACUGUUCCCCAUAUAAAGGCUCGCCUUCCUCCGGAAAUAGGUUCCCAGGAAAGCUUUCUAAAUCUACUCUUUCUCUUCCGAAGAAUUUGAUUUCAACCUCUGGAUCACGUUAUAAAAGCAAAUGUCGACAGCAAUGCUCUCGCAACCUGCCACCGUUGCGGUACCUUCAGCAAUUGCCACCCCCCCAGGCCCGGCAUCCCCUGCGAAGAAACGCCGCCGCCGAGCGCCCGCCACUGGAGCUGCUGAGGACUGCUUCACUUGCAGGGCAAAUGGAAUCAAGUGUGAUCGUCGCCGGCCUUACUGUGGUCCAUGUCUUGAUGUGGGAAUGGGAUGUAAAGGUUAUAGGACACAACUCACGUGGGGAGUUGGUGUAGCUAGUAGGGGAAAGCUUCGUGGAUUGCAUCUUCCGAUUCAAACACCGGUUGCCGACCCAAAGGACGCGAAGAAGAUUGUCAAGAAGAAGGGUGACGAGAAAACCUCGGGUGUGAGUGAGAAUGGGUUGAGGUCAAAAAGAUCAAAGACAUCCUUAGAUGGCAACGGACGCGACUACGACAACAGCCAAAGGAAUGGAAAUAGUGGCGUCGGGAAACUGAGCAUUAUCACAAGCUACGAUUUUGUCAAUAUGGAACCUCCGUCAAAUUCUAGCUCGGCUGUCUCGAGGACGAGCUCGACUCGUUCAGCUAAUAGCUCAGCCAUUUCCACUGGAACGAGUCCAGCUCUUUCUGGAAUCUCACGUAAUAGCAUGCCAUCACAGAGAAUCACUCAAGGUCAAAGGUCACCCCAGUCCUCUUCUUCCUAUACCCCAUCCUACCCGGCCAGCUCGCAAUCCCAGUACCGCAUACAGUCUCAGCAGCAGCAAUACCGGCAGUCUCCCGUACAUCACUAUCACAAGUCGCCCUACUCCCAUGUUUCCCUGCCGCCGCAACAACCGACGUCCUCCAUGCUGCUUUCCCCUAUGUCCGAAUACGGACCAAAGUAUGAAUCGAAGUACGAACCCAGCUUCCCUUCGUCACAGCAUUACCCCAUGUCUUCUGCACCUUCCACAGCUCCCUUGUAUGAAAUGGUAACUGGUGUUUCGAGCGCCUCGUAUCAUCCUUCGGCCUCAAUGACAGUCACCACCACUGGGGUUUCCUAUGCUCCCAUGGUUGCCUCCAUGCAUGCCACUUCCCGAAUGAUGGGCGAUGAUCACCUCCACAACCCUAACCAUCACCAUCAGAAUGGAGGCCCAGGGUGGAAUGGCGUCGGUGUGGGAAUAGGCAAUCUUCAUCAUCAACAUGUACCGGCGGGCACUGGUAACCUGUCUGACUUGUUGUACGAUGAUGGGAUGCUUGGUACGUUCUAA